AAUGACAAAUGUCGAGGCUGACACUUGGGAAUAGCCAGUUGAUGAGCUGAGAUCUCUUAAGGCAGAGAGUCCUCCUGUUCUGGCAACAGCAGCAGGUCCUGGUGACCAGAAAGUCUCAGAGGUGCUGGAGCUGAUUGUCUUCUCCUGACUCUAGGCAGACUGCCAAGCACCUUGCAUGCAGCAGAGGCACAGUCCAUGAGUUCCUGGCACUGCCACUAGACUUCCUAACAACAUCAUUCUUCACUGCAUCUUCCUACUUGAGUGCUUCAUGGCUUCCACCUACAGCCUCCAAGGAAGCUGGACUCCUCUAGCUGCACUGACCUUACUAUGGACGUCUUUGGCUUGGGUUGAAGGAAAGCCAAGUUGUCCUUCCUGCAGGAUGCCCCCACUGGAACCCAGUGCCGAGAAAGCCUUCCUGGUCGAAGUAGCCAAACAGCAGAUACUCCAGAAACUGAACCUAAGCGAGAGGCCCAACAUCACCCACCCUGUGCCACGCAUGGCGGUGGCCAAUGCCCUGCGGCGACUACACAUGGGCAAAGGCUGGACAGAUGGGAUGGGGCACUUCUCCAGCUGGGAGAAAACAGAGUCUGAUGAGCAGGGGUACGAGAUCAUUAGUUUUGCAGAGACAGAGCCUUCUGGCCUCCUUCAGUUCCAGCUCACCCAUACCAAGGACCAAGCCAUGCAUGUCCUGAAGGCCCAGUUAUGGCUGCACCUUAAGGCGCACGAAAACAUCACAAUACAGAUCUAUGUCGCAGGAGAGCCACAAGUGCUGCUGGGACAGCAGCAGCUGGGAAGCCAGGGGAGUGGUUGGCACACUUUCUCCCUCAUGCCAGCUUUGCAGAACUUCUUCGAGCAUGAAGACAAAACCUUGCGCUUGGAGUUGCACUGCGAAGGCUGCCAUCCCAACAUUAUGUCUUUGAUGGCUACCAGUAGCAACUCCCACCAGCCAUUCUUGGUGGUGAAGGCGAAGAUAAAAGAAUUGGGCCAUCGGGUCGCCAAACGCAGCCUGAGCUGUGACCAGAACUCAGAUUUGUGCUGUCGAAAAGACUAUUAUGUAAAUUUUCGGGAGAUUGGUUGGAAUGACUGGAUCUUCAAGCCAGAGGGCUAUCAGAUCAACUAUUGCAUGGGCGAAUGCCCUAUGCACCUGGCAGGUGUGCCCGGGGUGGCAGCUUCCUUCCACACGACUGUCUUCAAUUUGGUCAAAGCCAACAACAUCCCCAUUGCGGGCCAUUCCUGCUGCGUCCCCACACAGCGAAGGGCCCUUUCUCUGCUGUACUUUGACCCCAAUAGCAACCUCAUCAAGACAGACAUUCCCGACAUGGUUGUUGAUGCUUGUGGUUGCAGCUAAAAAUGGGAGGGUAAGCAGAGAGAAAACCAAAUGGACAAAAAGUAGGAAAUGAGUUUCCACUUCCCUUUGGACUCCUACGAACUUCAAAAGAACUCUGAGCCAAAUUGAAGGGGUGGUGUUAUCAUGUGGACUCCUUUCAAAAGAGCAACAGUGUUUGUUCUUUCAGAGAGAACAAGUCACACUAAGAUGUAGACUAGCCUGUUUUCUUACCACUGUAUAUUGUAUACUGUAGUGCUAUGCAGGGCUGCCAAUAUCCUUCUAAGUCCUGGGCCAUUGUAUUUGUCUUUCUCUCUGACGUUGCUACUUGAUAGACCCUCCAAGCUGUUUCCCUAACUCUUCCCACCCCACUCCCAGGAGCUUCACUCAUCUCUCUUUCCCCAGUCCUGUUCUGUGGGGAGAAGAGUCAGGAAAAAUGGUUCUGGAAUGAUAGAGUUCUGCAUACAGGGUGUACAUAGGCCCUCAGGAUUUCAAGAUAGGAUUGGCGAACAGGAGAAACACAUGCUUGAAUCACACACAUCUUUUCAAGCCUAAUUACUUGCCCCUAAAGGCAAAGAUCAUGGUGCAUUUAAAAGUUCUCAUUGUUGCUCUUCUCAUCUUCAUGGUGUUCUUCUCAAUCCAAGGCUCCACAUGGAUUGGGCCAAGUUUACUUGGGAACUCCUUCAUUGGGUGGGCAGAAAAAGAAGGAGACCAAGAAGAGCUGCCCAGAUACAUACCCAAAGGACUCUAAGUAGGUUUUGCCUUUCGUACUGUGCGUGAGAUUUAUUGUAUUUCUCUUAAUGUAUCUAUAUUAUUUUAUUUUUUUGGAAUGACAUUCGUAGCAAAGCAAGUUUCAAUAAAAAAAACUAAAACAACAA